GCAAGGCAGGCGCAGAUAUAUAAGUGUCGGUGUCCACAAAACCGAGAGAAGAGGCGUCCACGCGGUAAAGAAAAUCUGUUUUACGUGGAAGGAAAAGUUGGGGUUGGGAUGAUUUGAAGUUGCCAAACGUCCGAGUGUGAAGAUUUGUAUAUGGGUAUAUAGGUAGGUUGAAUCAAGAGAGUUGAUAUUCAAAACAGAAGCAGAAAUAAAAGAUGUGGAGGUUAAAGGUGGGAGCAGAGAGCGUUGGCGAGAAUGAUGAGAAAUGGGUAAAGAGCAUAAGCAAUCACUUGGGACGGCAAGUGUGGGAGUUCUGUCCAGAUGCCGGAACUCCACAACAGCUAUUGCAAAUCGAGAAAGCUCGCAAAGCCUUCCAAGAUAACCGUUUCCAUCGAAAGCAAACUUCCGAUCUCCUUGUCUCCAUUCAGUGCGAAAAGGGAACAACAAAUGGUGCAAGGGUACCGGGAACCAAGUUGAAAGAGGGGGAAGAGGUGAGGAAAGAGGCAGUAAAGAGUACAUUAGAAAGGGCAUUAAGUUUCUACUCUAGCAUCCAGACAAGCGAUGGGAACUGGGCUUCGGAUCUUGGGGGGCCCAUGUUUUUACUUCCGGGUCUGGUGAUUGCUCUCUGCGUUACAGGCGCCCUGAAUUCUGUUUUAUCCAAGCACCACAGGCAAGAGAUGUGCAGAUAUCUUUACAACCACCAGAAUGAAGAUGGGGGGUGGGGUCUCCACAUCGAGAGCCCAAGCACCAUGUUUGGUUCCGCACUGAAUUAUGUUGCACUGAGGUUGCUUGGGGAAGACGCGGAUGGCGGAGAGGGCAGGGCAAUGACCAAAGCACGUGCUUGGAUCUUGGGCCACGGUGGCGCCACCGCAAUCACUUCCUGGGGCAAAUUGUGGCUUUCUGUACUUGGAGUCUACGAAUGGAGUGGCAACAAUCCUCUUCCACCCGAAUUUUGGUUACUUCCUUACUUCCUACCAUUUCAUCCAGGAAGAAUGUGGUGCCAUUGUCGAAUGGUUUAUCUACCAAUGUCAUACUUAUAUGGGAAGAGGUUUGUUGGGCCCAUCACACCCGUAGUUUUGUCUCUUAGAAAAGAGCUCUACACAGUUCCAUAUCAUGAAAUAGACUGGAACAAAUCUCGCAAUACAUGUGCAAAGGAGGAUCUGUACUAUCCACAUUCCAAGAUGCAAGAUAUUCUGUGGGGAUCUAUCCACCAUAUGUAUGAGCCCUUGUUCACACAUUGGCCUGCCAAACGCCUGAGGGAAAAGGCUUUGAAAACUGCAAUGCAACAUAUUCACUAUGAAGAUGAGAACACUCGAUAUAUAUGCCUCGGGCCUGUCAACAAGGUACUCAAUAUGCUUUGUUGUUGGGUUGAAGAUCCCUACUCAGAGGCCUUCAAACUUCAUCUUCAACGAGUCCAUGACUAUCUCUGGGUUGCUGAGGAUGGCAUGAAAAUGCAGGGUUAUAAUGGAAGCCAGUUGUGGGACACUGCUUUCUCCGUCCAAGCAAUCAUAUCCACCAAGCUUGUAGACAACUAUGGCCCAACUUUAAGAAAGGCACACGACUACGUUAAAAAUUCUCAGAUCCAACAGGACUGUCCUGGGGAACCUAAUGUUUGGUUCCGUCACAUUCAUAAAGGUGCAUGGCCAUUUUCAACUCGAGAUCAUGGAUGGCUCAUCUCUGACUGUACAGCAGAGGGAUUAAAGGCUUCUUUAAUGUUAUCCAAACUUCCAUCCGAAACGGUUGGGGAGCCAUUAGAAAGGAAUCGCCUUUGUGAUGCUGUAAACGUUCUCCUUUCUUUGCAAAACGACAAUGGUGGCUUUGCAUCAUAUGAGUUGACGAGAUCAUAUCCUUGGUUGGAGUUGAUCAACCCUGCGGAAACGUUUGGAGAUAUUGUCAUUGAUUAUCCGUAUGUGGAGUGCACCUCAGCCACAAUGGAAGCACUGGCGUUGUUUAAGAAAUUACAUCCCGGCCAUAGGACCAAAGAAAUUGAUACUGCUAUUGCCAGGGCAGCCGACUUCCUCGAAAAUAUGCAAAGGACGGAUGGUUCUUGGUACGGAUGUUGGGGGGUUUGCUUCACUUAUGCGGGUUGGUUUGGCAUAAAGGGAUUAGUGGCUGCAGGAAGGGCAUAUAGUAAUUGCCUCGCCAUUCGCAAGGCUUGCGAUUUUCUACUGUCUAAAGAGCUGCCCGGCGGUGGAUGGGGGGAGAGUUACCUUUCAUGUCAGAAUAAGGUCUACACAAAUCUUGAAGGAAACAGACCACACCUGGUUAACACGGCUUGGGUUUUAAUGGCCCUCAUCGAAGCUGGCCAGGGUGAGAGAGACCCAGCACCAUUGCAUCGUGCAGCAAGGUUGUUAAUCAAUUCACAGUUGGAGAAUGGCGAUUUCCCACAAGAGGAGAUCAUGGGAGUCUUCAAUAAAAAUUGCAUGAUCACAUAUGCUGCAUACCGGAACAUUUUUCCCAUUUGGGCUCUUGGAGAGUAUUGCCAUAGGGUUUUGACCGAAUAAUCAAUAACGUGCGACUACAUUGUUCUAGGUCUUCAUUGCUGUAAAUAAUGUACGAAAUGCUUGUUUACGUUAUUUGGUAACUGUAUCAUCAAAUAUUACGGACAAACUAUUAUUUACAAUUCUAUACCGAGGAAAAAGCUCAACAUGUGUAUUAGUUAACAGGCAAUUACAUGCUUGUUCAAAUAUUGGAACAAUCUUUAGGUUGCUGCUUUCUUGAUAUUUGAUGAAUAUGAAGCUUUCUUAAGGCAAGGCCUGCGAUGUUUCGUGGCUUUCUUAAUAUUAA